CCUGCCGAUAAUUUCCUUCCGUCCAGACGAUUGAGUUCAAAAGAACUCGAGCUAAAUUGUAACUUUAAUCUUAUAGUAUAUAGCAAUGGAUCGCAUCGUAGAAAUAGCAAAGUAUUCUCUAGUAGAUAUAGAGGAUCCUGUAAACCUCGUUCCUGUUGUCUUGAUAUCAUUGUGUGUGUUUUGGUCAGGUCGUCCCGUCGGUCUUGCAUGGUGGGCGAUGUUCAAUGGAUGCCUUAUUCACAUCUACAUGGAUGGAAUUGUAGGAAUAUUUGGCAGAGGUCCAAAGUGGCUUGUCGAACAAUAUGGUAAACUUGAUGUACGUUAUUGGCAAACACAAGACCCAAUGGUGAUGACAAUAUCUGCUGUUGAAAUGGUUAUAAUGACACCUCUCUGCAUUAUAUGGUAUCAUUCAAUUGUCCAGAAGAGAUGGUACUGUCAUGCCAUAGCUAUCAUGACAUCAACUUUCCAGCUAAUGGGCUGUAUAAUGUAUGUAGGUGCUGAAAUUCUAGAUGGCUUUAAACACCUUCCAUCAAACUGGCCUCCAAGGUUUGACAAUUUUAAUGACCUUUUUUAUUUCUGGUUUGUGUUUGUCUGUCUCAAUGGAGUUUGGGUUGUCGUACC